UAGAACUAAGUUGAUCGAACUUACAGUUGUAUAUGUGGUUGUUGACGCUUGUACAACUUCAACGCUUUUUUCCCCCUUCUGGGUUGUUUUCCCCUCCAGUAUUGUGCAUUUUACAAGUUUAUUCGCUUCCCGAUUGUAUUCGCGACACUGAAAUUCUUUUAAACUCUCGGUCCGUGUGACAUGUCUGAAUAGUUACGCUUUUAGGAAAGGAAGGGAGUCUUCGAGUUUUCGAGUCAGGCCUAUUUGUGUUGCUUUCCCAUCAGUGCUAGAGAAAUGUCACUGGCCGAGUAUGAGAGACAUUUCGACUCGCUCAAUUCCGAUUUGGUUGGCGGAUCUCUGCUGAGCGAGCGCUCCGCGUCAGCCACGUUUAAUGGCGAAGAGGAGAGGUUGCAUUACAUUCCCAUCCGGAUCCUCGGGAGGGGGGCGUUCGGUGAAGCGACGCUGUACAGAAGAACCGAGGACAACUCCCUGGUUGUAUGGAAAGAGGUGGACCUGAACUCACUCUCUGAACGUGAGCGCAGGGAUGUCAUGAAUGAAAUUAACAUCCUGUCCAUCCUAGAGCACAACAACAUCAUUGCCUACUUUAAUCAUUUCAUGGAUAAAAACACUCUGCUCAUUGAACUGGAAUAUUGCAAUGGUGGGAAUCUUUAUGACAAAAUCAUCCAACAGAAGGGGAAACUUUUUCAUGAGGAGGUGGUUAUUUGGUACCUGUACCAAAUUGCGUCAGCUGUGGCCCACAUUCACAAGGCUGGAAUUUUACACAGGGAUAUCAAAACUCUCAACAUUUUCCUGACUAAGACUGACCUCAUCAAGCUUGGUGAUUAUGGUCUUGCAAAGAAACUCGGCUCAGAGUUUUCAAUGGCAGAAACGUGUGUCGGAACUCCAUAUUAUAUGUCACCUGAAUUGUGCCAGGGAGCAAAGUACAACUUCAAAUCUGAUAUCUGGGCCAUGGGCUGUGUGCUUUUUGAAGUCUUAACUCUUACACGAACAUUUGAUGCGACGAAUGCUCUGAACUUGUGUGUAAAAAUAGUCCAGGGAAACUGGACCAUGGAUGUGAACCGUGAUGUUUAUGGAGCUGGAUUGAUCAAGCUGGUCUAUGAGUGUCUCAAUCAAGAUCCUGCAAAGAGACCAACAGCCGAGCAGAUUCUAGACCAGCCAAUCCUCUCUUGUUGCCGACACGAGCUUGCAGAGCGAGUUGCCCUGCUGAAUUCAGCAAUGAAGAAACCAAAGCUGAGUGCAGGGACUGAGACCCCUGUUGCUGUGGUGACCACACGCUCAAGGGAAGUGUAUUUCUGGGGUGGAGGCAAAUUCACGCCACAGAAACUGGACACUUUUAAAGGAGGCAGCAGUGCCCAACAUGUGUGCGCUGGAGAGAGUCACUUUGCAGUGGUGACGGUGGAAAAAGAACUCUACACUUGGGCAAAUGUUCAAGGCGGAGCCAAGAUGGUGGGCCAACUUGGGCAUGGAGAUCAAGCUUCUUAUCGUCAGCCCAAAAGAGUUGAGAAACUCCAGGGGAAGGCCAUCCGACAGGUGGCGUGUGGUACUGACUUCACAGUCUGCAUCACCGAUGAGGACCAAAUUUACACGUUUGGCUCAGACUAUUACGGCUGCAUCGGUGUGGAGGGUGUCAUGGGCACGCAGAUCCUGGAGCCGGUCCUUCUGGAGUUUUUCGAAGAACGGCCAGUCCGUCAGGUUUCUUGUGGAGACAACCACGUGGUGGUGCUCACCCACAAUGGAGACGUCUUCUCCUGGGGUUGUGGGGAGUAUGGUCGUCUGGGCUUGGAAUGCGAGGAUGAUUUUUCUUCUCCGAUGCAAGUGGAGCUUCCGAAAGGCGCCACCAUCUCGUCUGUGUCAUGUAGCAGUGAUGGAACCUUUUACUUGACAGAAACUGGCAAAGUCUUAGCAUGUGGGAACAAUGAAUUCAACAAGCUAGGUCUGAACCAGGAAUUCUCUGGUCUCAAAAACCACCCUGGAGAGGGUUACCAGGCCAUCCCAUACAUUACAACACUGACUUUGGCAAAACAGCUGUCACGCUUCAAGAUCCAGACUAUAGCUCCAGGGAGGAACCAUACAGCUGCCAUUGAUGAACGCGGUCGCCUCCUCACAUUCGGGUGUAACAAGUAUGGCCAACUAGGUGUCAAAGACUUCAAGAAACACCAAGGUGUGCAAGUCCUGGUUGGACCAUUUGGGGGCAAGUUUGUCACCAAGGUUUCUUGCGGGGACGGCUACACGAUCGCAACAACUGAGGACAAUCAGAUUUUUGCAUGGGGAAAUGCAGGAAAUGGGCGACUUGGAAUGCCUGCUGACAAGGGAUUUGGUUCAGAGGUUUGUCCUGCCAUGCCAAGGCCCAUCUUUGGCUCACUCCACCAUGUGCCAGACCUUUCUUGUCGUGGCUGGCAUACCAUUAUCAUCAUGGAAAAAGUGCUCAACUCCAAGACCAUUCGCUCGAACAGCAGUGGAUUGUCAAUUGGUAGUGGGAUUGGACAGGAUGGUUCCAUAGCCACUGUGGACCUGGAAAUGGAGCCGGGUUCAGAGACGGAGUGUCGAGACGGGGGCCUCGGGGGUACAGUGGAAGUUGAUCUUGAUGCUUGCAACUUGGAAACGCCAAUGAUGUCAAUGGCAAACCAGACUGGAGACAGUUCGUGUCCUCUCUGGCUGAGAAAGGAGCUUGAGGAUGCUGAAUUCAUCCCAAUGCCUGAGGAGUCAGAGCUUCCUCCUGACCAGCUCCCAUCUUUCUCAGAGAGCACCACUCUACCGUAUGAUGAGCUGAAGGAUCUGAAAGCCGUUGCAGCAGCUGUCAGCAGUGAGCAUGACCUAUCGACUACGCGAAUGAGUGAUGACAAACUAAAUGGCUUCGAGGAGGCAGGCAUCUACAGCCAAAUGGACUCGAUCACGUGCUGCAGAGCAAGUAGCGAGGUGGCACAGCUACGUGAGAUGGUCACUCAGCAAGAGCUGAGGAUUCAGAUGCUAGAGAAGCAGGUCAGUGACCAGCAAAAGGACAACGAGAGAUUGUUGGCAGCAUUCAACCGGUUGUCGCUGCUGGAAGCCAGGUGUGAUAAUAACGGCAAUCACUGCGACGGUCCCGUACCUGAGGAUGGGGGCGGAGGACGAGCAUCCGGACUCAUACAGCAUGGGGGCAAAACCGCAGGGUCCAGCUUGUGAGGCCCGGCCUGCUGAUGCCCUUCUCAAUGGGAGAAGUGACUAAAGGAAUUCAUCGGGCUGGUUGAUUUGAGAAGAGGAAGCCCACUUGCAGUAGAGAUGGCUGCCUCACACACCUUACAAGUGUCUUGUGUUGUUACAUGCAGUAUUUAACAGAGCACCAAGUUUCCUGCUUAUAUUAUUGCAUCUGCACAAUUGCUCUCAUGCAAAUGUGUGCAGGCUUCCUACAGACUGAAAUGUUGGCUGGGUUCAACAUGAGGCGUCAGACAAUCUUGGUGUUAUUCCAUCCACAAUGUGAAUAUGAAGUCCUUGUUUGACUGGUGAUUAUUGUUUACUUCUUGUGAUGUCACCUUAGGGCUUUAGUGCUUGCAUGUUGGUUAUCAUUUAACAGACUAAACAAAAUCUUUUAACACCUUUUCAGUGGAAAUGCAGUGCCUUGAAUCAGAUUGAUCAAGUGUGUUUGUUUACGAUUAGGCAACAAAAAAAAAACUCAACCAAAUACCACAUUACUUUGUGGAAGGAAAAUGUGUGGGCCGAGAAAGAAAAUUUAUGUGUUGUAGAACAUGGAACAGGACCUUGGCAGAGGGACUGCACUCACUCUCCAGUUCUCUCAAUUGCCUGUCAAUAAAUGCUAAACAGAAGACCCUCUGAAUGAAGUCUGAAAGUCACCACUUUCAAGUUUACAGAAGUUGUGUGUCAUUGUCAGACUGUCAUCUGUUCAUGUGGAGACUUCCAUCAUAAGCUUUUACUAGAAUGUUUUGAAAUGAAUUGCUCAGAAAUGUGUGCUAUGUGAAACGUAAUCUCUUAUACAACAAUAUGCUUUAAAAAUGUGCAUGUAUUUUUUAUAUAUCAUUUGGUGAAACUACUGAUAAGGUAGCUGUAGACAUUUUCUCUUAUUGCCCUUUUUGAGUAGCUUAUAGGAUGUCAUUAUUAUGGCACAAACACUUGAAUGGUUUUAAAAUGGGAUAUUGCUUUUGUUUAGCCAUUUGCCACCGUUCAUUUUCAUUUUUUUACUUUAGUCAGUUCUCUGUUGUAUACACUCACGAGAUAUUGUUUAUCAUAUAUCUGUAAUUGCAACAUUUGGUCAAUAAAACUGUCGAAAGUAA